AUGAGCGUCCCUUGGCGCGGAGUGUCCGUCAGCUCGGCUGCGAUCGCCGUACUAUUGGCCCUGCGACAACCAGUAUUCUCGAGAUGUCACCUUCUAGUCGCCUUUGUGGGCGCAUUUGCCUUCCAGAUGCUGGCUUGGGGCAUCUUUGUCGUCUUCUUAUUCCCCCAGUACUUCUCUUCUCUGCGCUCGCUUCCGGGGCCCAAAGGUGAUCACUGGUUGAUGGGACAGUACCCGAGGAUCAUGCGUGAGCCGACUGGCGUGCCCAUGAUUGAAUGGAUCAACACCAUCCCUCACGAAGGCAUCAUUCGCUACCGCGGCUUGUUCAACCAGGAGCGCCUCCUAAUCACGUCGCCCAAGGCCCUCGCCGAGGUGCUCGUCACCCACAACUACGACUUCAAGAAGCCCGGCGCCGUCCGCUCGUCCAUUGGCCGCAUCCUCGGCAUCGGCGUGUUGCUGGCCGAGGGCGACGACCACAAGGUCCAGCGCAAGAACCUCAUGCCAGCCUUUGCCUUCCGUCACGUAAAGGACCUGUACCCGCUCUUCUGGAGCAAGGCAUGCGAGGGCGUCCAGGCCAUCACCGAUGCCGUCCACGCCGAGGCCGCGAAGAGCGCAACCGAAGGGCUCACCGACCCGGAGAAGGCCGCUCUGGGCCCCAACACCGCCGUCCUGGAGAUUGGCAACUGGGCGUCGCGCACCACGCUAGACAUCAUCGGCAUGGCCGGUAUGGGCCGCGACUUUGGCGCCAUCCGCGACCCGGCGAACCCCCUGAACCAGACCUACCAGCACGUCUUCAAGCCGAGCCGUCAGGCCCAGGUCCUCGCGGUCCUUGGCCUGCUCCUCCCGGGUAACCUCGUCCACCACCUUCCCCUGCAGCGCAACGGCGACAUCGCAAAGGCAGCCAACACCAUCCGCGCCACCUGCCGCGAGCUCAUCCGCGAGAAGAAGGAGAAGCUGGAGCGCAAGCAGCUCACCGACAUUGACAUCCUGUCGGUAGCGCUCGAGUCCGGCUGCUUCACCGAGGACAACCUCGUCGACCAGAUGAUGACGUUCCUCGCUGCGGGCCACGAGACGACGGCCUCGGCCAUGAUGUGGGCCAUCUACUGCCUCUGCCUCAACCCAGAGGUCCAAUCCCGCCUCCGCCUCGAGAUCCGCGAGCGCCUCCCGACGCCGGGCACGCCCGGCGACAUCACGGCCCUCGACAUCGACCACAUGCCCUACCUCAACGCCGUCUGCAACGAGGUCCUGCGCUACUACUCCCCGGUGCCCAUGACCCUCCGCGAAGCCGCCGUCGACACCGUCAUCGACGGCAACAAGGUGCCCAAGGGCACGCGCAUCAUGCUCUGCCCGUGGGCCACAAACAAGGACACCUCGCUCUGGGGCGCCGACGCGGGCCGCUUCAACCCGGACAGGUGGCUCCCCUCGCGCGACGGCGACGCCGCGGAGACCAAGAAGACGGCCAACAGCGGCGGCGCGACGAGCAACUACGCCUUCAUGACGUUCCUCCACGGUCCGCGGAGCUGUAUCGGGCAGGGGUUCGCAAAGGCCGAGUUUGCGUGUAUCCUCGCCUCGUGGAUCGGGCGGUUCGAGUUCAGCCUCAAGAACAAGGAGGAGUACGACGAGAAGAAUAUGACUAUCAAGGGCGGCGUCACGGCGCGUCCGUCAAAGGGCUUGCACGUGUACGUCAAGGUCGUCGAUGGUUGGUGA